CUGGAACACCAUACUUCCGGUUACGAAGAACAGUCCCUCCUCUUUGCCCUUGUUUUUUUCCUCUGCAAAUUCAUGACGUUCAGUAAAUGUGCGUUUGGUCCGGGCGAACUCCUUCUACUGUUCGGCUGUUGAGAUUAUCAGUGCUGUUUAUUUAGUAGAGAUUUGUGGAAUUUGGUUCAUCGGAAAACGGAGGAGCCCAGCGAUCGGAGACCGUAGGUAGAAGCUCUCCAAAUUGCCCCGGAAUGUUCUUGCUGCUGUCACUGCGACCUCUGUGACUCGGAGCUCCACUGCAGUGCUUCCUUCAGGAUUUCAACAUGCGCAAUUUUCUGCUCUGGGUUCUUUUUAUGACCCUAUUGACCAGAAAAGGCUACUGUCAAAGUCCCCACUAUCCCGCCCCAAAGAUCGUGGGGUUGGGUCACAACUUCUCAUCUCAGUCACUAACUGUCACUUGGGAAAAUGACCUUUCUUCCACUGUACACUUCUUUGAUGUUGAGGUCCUUCGCACGGAGACGAAGGAAACUGUGCAUUCUGAAACAGUGGCACCCCGCACUGACGGUACCGUCCAGGAGUGGAAGUGGACCUCCCCUACUCCUCUGGAGUGCACCUCCCUGUCGGUCAGGAUCCGCUCCAGACUGCUGCAGUUUUCCAGCGAGUGGAGUGAGCCAUGGAACCUUACUGGAAAGGAUGUUCCAGAAUACAGAAGAGCACAGUUGUACCCUCAGGACAAAGUGGUUCCUGUGGGCAGCAACACAACCUUCUGCUGCAUCGUGCCAGACGGCAAGAAGUUUGGCGGCAUCAAGGACAGCAGCGUCAAACUGCCCUUCACUCGAAUAAGCAGGCGGAGCUACGUAAGCGUCAGGAUCAAUCAGCAGGCCUCCAACUCCUCAGGGACUAAUGUCAUCUGCCUCUAUCAGAGCAGAGAGUUUGCAGACGGCGCCGUUGUCUUUGUUGGUAACCCUCCCGAUCCCCGGAACUUGGUCUGCGACACACGGGACUUGCAGUCGGUGGAGUGCGGCUGGUCGCUUGGGAAGUCUACAUACCUGUAUGGGUCACGGCGGACAUUCUACUCCCUGAAUGAAAGGGAAUGUGAGAGUGCAAAUACAGUAUCUGCCACAGAGCACAAGUGCAGAUUCAACAUAACUUUGGCACCGGGAGAACAGAACUGGACGUUGACAGCCAGGAAUCUUCUGGGGAAGGUGGAACUCAUGGACACUGUGGACCUGAGUCACAGAGUACGCCCACGAGCUCCAGAGGUCGUCGUCGAGCUGCUGGGAGCCUGGAAUGCAAGCCUGCGGUGGCACUGGGGGGUGCCGUGGUACGGAAAGCUGCCUCUUGUGUGUCAGGUGUGGAUUUUCAGCGAUGGGAAUCCUAAACCGACCCCACACAUCUAUGUGGGACCAGGCUUGACCCAGGCUCUGCUGAGGGACCUGCGGCCAGACUCGAAGUACGCCGCUCAGGUUCGCUGCGCCACCCAGCAGAAUUUCUGGAAGUGGGGUGACUGGAGUUCAGAAAUACGUUUCAGAACCAAGGAGGACCGGCCUGACCCAGUGGAUUUUUGGGUCCAGAUGCGCAGUGAACUUGACAGAUGCAUCGUCUGGAAGCCUCUGUCAAAGAGUCAGAGACACGGGCAACUUAAGGGCUACGAGGUCAGCUGGAGUACCCCGGGUAACGGGGUGCAGCGGAAUUCUGUCCCCUCAACUGGGCCAUACCAUGUCCCCAUCAGGUUGGAGGGCCUUUCCAGUGAUUAUGUAGUCACAGUGAUGGCGUGGAAUAAUGCAGGAGACUCCCCUGCCAUCAGCAUGACUGUUCCAAACUCCCCGGAAGAUGGUGACAGCGCUCUUUCCGAGAUGGUGGGCAGAGACGGAAUGUUCCAUCUGUCCUGGCCGCCGAGCCCCAAUUCCACCUGCGGCUAUGUGGUGACCUGGUACCAUAUGAGCUGGGAGCAGAACUGCAGCCUGGACUGGGAGAAACUGCUUGGGGACAACAGCAGUACCAGAAUCCAGUCGGAGAGCUUCAUAGCUGGGGAGAGAUACACCUUCUCUGUGUACGCCUGCACGCCUGGAGCUCCACUGCUCCUGGAGAAGAGGCUGGGAUACGUGGAGGAGCAAGCCCCAACUGGGACCGUAACCAGGCUGAUGGCUGAUCAGGAAGACUCCAGCGUUCGGCUUUCCUGGGACCCUGUUCCCUUGGAAGGCCAAAGGGGCUUCAUUCGUGGAUACCUGAUUUACCUCUACAAUGUCACCCAUCUUCAGCUUUUAGAGAACAUCACAGAUCCUUCCACCAUGAGCUACACUGCCACGCAGCUGUCCUACGCUACUUACAAGUUCACAGUGAAGGCUUAUACCUCAGCGGGAGCUGGAAAAGAGGCCACUGUGUCCAUCAAACUAGACCCCUUCACUGACCUCCUGAUAAUGGAGAUUCUCAUUGCUGCCGGCUCCAUGGCUGUCCUCCUGGUUCUUGUCACUGCACUCUGCUACAGCAAGAGGGAGUGGAUGAAAAAGACCUUCUACCCCGAGAUUCCUGAGCCCAGGGUACCAGAGUGGAAGCCAACACAGGCGUUCGGCACCCAGACGCUGGACAUGACGCCGUGCGCCCACAGUUCCGUGCACAUUGUGGAGAACCGGCGCCGCAUGUCUGGCAAGGAAGAGUUAAAGGUGGUUCUGGAGGACCCUGAGGAGGAAGAGCAAUGGGGAAAUGAGCCCCCCGACAUGGACUCGGAUGAGCAGUCCUUCCUCCGGUAUUACAACCAGGUGGUCGGGGAGGAUCCCGGGCUGGCACCCACUGGUACGGGAUCGUCUGGAUUGUCCUCCAGGUCCACGGGCUCUGCCCGCACUGAGGUAACCUACACUGGGAUCCAGAUGUCAUCAACCUCGGCCUGCUCUUCUGCGUGCGUCCCUGCCACAAUGGAGGCCCCUCUCUCCGGUGGGUAUAGGCCCCAGAUGGCCUCCGUUCCCAAUCAGGCUGAAGUGUCCGACGACCCCCAGCUAGAUGCUGACACAGGAUACCAGCCCCAGUGCUCCUGGAAGCUGGACUCUCCAGAAGAGACUAGCUUGGACAGCUCCCUGGGCAGCCCUACGUCGGUCAACUCAUCUCAAUUUUUGCUCCCUGAGCCCUCGGGAGAAGAGAACUGCAGUCAUGCUCCUUCUACCACCUGGUUUCGGAAUCUCCUCUCAGGCUCAGGCAAACCCUGAUCUUGGUGAAACUGCAGUGCCAGUUCUUGCAGUGCCCCCUAGUAGAAUGGAUUAUUUUGUUGAUUUGACUUGUUGGAAAGAUAUGCUUGAGAGGCACUAUUAAUGCAGAACAUUGGUUAAUGCUAUUGUUGCUUGCAUCGCUUGUGUCUCCAGGUGAAGAGAAAGAAGUACUGAAAAAUGACUGUUGGGGAAGAAUGUUUGACAGGCAUGUAAGGGGCAGGGAAAAACCAGGUGUAUUUCCUCAUAGAUCUCACUGGAAUGUAGUUAUUUCUGUGUUGUUAACCAAGCCAGUACUAUUUUAAGUGUUUGUGUGCUUUGUAGGCUGUAACCUUUCUGUGUCUCCUCACUGCAUACAAAGCUAGUCAGUCUGCAAAAACAAAAUGCAGAUGCACACAGUAGCCUUGGGAUUAUUCAUCCAUUAAUCCUCAAUUUACAGUUAAAUCUGUGUUAAAGGCUGUAGUAUCACUAUCUUAUAUUGGUUUAUAAGCAGAAGUAUUUACUGCUACUAUGUUCAAGCAUAUAAAGUAUAGAUUACAAAGAUAACGCACCAAAAACCAUGUUGUGUGAGAAUCUGUCAUUAUAAAAAAAAAACACUAGUGUUUAAUGCCUUUCAAUGUCAUUUGUCUGUAUGAUUCAUAUCUGUAAAUGAAACGUUCAAAGGUUGAAUUUGCUUUCAGGCUUGAAAGGGUCUUAUUAGUGCCUCAAUACAGAUCAAUUUCUCUACUGGUCACAGACAGGUAUCACUGUGCAUGAAGGGAAUGGUUGUUAAUAUCAAAGAGUAGCUUUACUGACGUUUUAUUUUUUUAAAGAACUACUGUGAAUUUUUUUUGUUAGUGUUAAAAAUUGCAAAAUAACUAAAUCAGUGGUCUAUUUGGGAGUUUGUCUCGUCACAAAAGACUGACGCACUAAUACGAUGUCACAGAUGCGGCUGUGGGGUGAUGCUGGGUCUGCCGCAGUCCCAGCAACUUGGGGAAACUGGAACUUAGCACUGGAUGUGUGGUGCCCCUUUGCUUCCUUAGGGCAAGCAGGCAGCACGGUCAAAAGGAGCCGUAAAUCUGUUUCAAGGAGGUAUCCUGCUGUUGUACCCUUAAAGAUACUUAAGUGAAUCUGUAUUAUUCCCAGAUAUGUAAAAAAGAAAAAAAUUAUAUCCUUAAGCUAUGCAAGUCUCUUCAGAUAAAAGGCUUCGCUAGUUGGCAAUUUUUUUGAGAAAGAAUGUACUUACUAAUGUACUUUGAGAUGUUGGGAUGUUGGUCCAUGACUUAAAUUUUCCGGAACAUUGGAGGAACAGUGAAAAUCUAUUGGACUUAUUCUCGUAGUGACCAUAGUGGUCAGAAAGGGAUCACUGUCUCUGCCGGGACAAAUCGGGUCAGGGAAGGGCACUGUCUGGAAAUUGAUCAGAUUUUUCAGCAAUCGAUAUCUGAUUCACAUUGCAGCAACUGACCACUGACCCUUUGGAGUUCUUACCCAAUGACAAGGGAUUGUUGACGGGGUUUAUUCAGAACUUUGGAAAUGGUAAUGUAGCUCGAUUAAAGAAAUGAAAGUUGAAUUGGACUACAUAGUCCAGAAUGUGCAAUGUGAACGUGACUUUGAAUUUAAAUUCAAUUUCUCUUAAUUCCACAACUUUUGAAAUACUUUCAGGGAUUUUCCACUGUAUUCAAAUAUAACCCCCACCCAUGCUAUAUCCACGUGGUUUCUUCCAUCCUGAAUGACUGAAUGACAAAAAGAGCAUCAGAUUGUUGGAGCAGCCCCCCCCCCCGUGCUUCCUCCGUAUUGGAAUCAACUGGACUUUUAUUGGUAGCUAAUACAAGGGAGCAGUUUUCUCAGUACCCCUAGUGGCAAGUCCCGGUGAACAUUGGCUGCCUUCCUGUUGAGCUUGCACUACAUUACAGAGCAGCUAGAUUUAAGCUACAUCCAUAAUUAUAUUGUUGACAAUACCAUGAAAUGUGAUGUCUAAAAUAACUGUGGCCGCACUGGACAAUGAAGGAGUACCUUUGUAAAGUGUGUAUUGACGGUGGUGGUGGAGCUUAUCAGACUUCCAGGGUUUUUACCUGAUAAAUGUGUUUUCCCUUUUCCGUUGUAGAAACCUUUUAAGAAAACAUACAUAUAUGUACACUGAAUUAUAUGAUUAUGUAAACGCUAUGUAUUAUACUGACUGCCUAAAUAUGCAUGGUAAAUUUCUGAUCGCGUGUAGGACAAAAUAGUCCUCAAAAUAUUUUACAGCAGUGUUUGUGUACGACUGUAACACUAAAGCAGUAAGGGAGAUGGGCGCUUCGCUUUAUGUACAACGUGCUAACUUGUUUCAUGUAGCCACAUCCUGUCAUCGCGCUUAUGGCAAAACUGGGCUUUAUAUCUUAAUAAAGAAUUACACGUCGUGCAUUGAU